AGUGUUGACGUUGACAGUCUGGAGUACACUUCCGGAUGCUGCUCCCCGGGUCGAGCUAGGCUAGCUACAGAUUUGCAUUCUCACCCUUUGGGAAAACCUGUUGAAUACAAAGUGGUUAAGUCGUCUGGUUCAGAGGUGGGAGCCUUAGAGGUCAGAGGGCAACAUGAACGGCCAGCUGGACCUGAGUGGGAAGCUGAUAAUCAAAGCCCAGUUGGGGGAUGACAUUAGACGCAUUCCUAUCCAUAAUGAAGACAUUACAUAUGAUGAGCUGGUGCUGAUGAUGCAACGUGUCUUCCGGGGCAAGCUGCAGAGCAACGACGAGGUCACCAUCAAAUACAAGGAUGAAGAUGAUGAUCUCAUCACUAUUUUUGACAGCUCUGACCUCUCCUUUGCAAUCCAGUGCAGUAGAAUACUCAAACUGACAUUAUUUGUAAAUGGUCAGCCGCGGCCUUUGGAAUCCAGUCAAGUGAAAUAUUUGCGCAGAGAGCUGAUUGAGCUCAGGAAUAAAGUCAACAACCUCCUUGACAGUCUGGAGCCCCCCUCAGAGCCUGGUCUGACCUCUACAGCACCAGAAAGUGAGUCGGUAGAUGGACGUGAAGGCAAAGUUGUAGCAGCAGACUCUUCAGUGAAACAGGCCCCUCCAGUCAGUGCAGCCAGCAUGUCAGCAUUUGACCCAUUAAAAAACCAGGAUGAGGUCAACAAGAAUGUAAUUUCUGCUUUCGGUCUGAGCGAGGACCAAGCCCCAGUGGCUCCAGCAGUUGCAGCAGAGGAGCGCUCAGGAACACCUGACAGCAUCGCUUCAUCUUCAUCUGCAGCCCAUCAGCCCGGAGUGCCCCCUCAGCCACAUGCUCCUUAUGCUGCAGUACAGCAGGGACCCCCAGCUGGAAUGGAUGGUCAGGUGUAUCCUCAGUACCAGGCUCCAGGUGGAUACCCUCCUCAGCAGCCAGGUGCUCCACCACAGCAACAGUACAGCGUGCAGCAGUACCCUGCAGGAUACAGUUCUCAGCCAGGAGCCCCUCCACCCGGCCCUCCACAGCCACAGCAGCAGCAGCAGUUUCAGAACUACCCUCCACCCACCUCCCAGGCUCCAGGCACUGGUCCUGCCCCAACUCCUGGCUUUCAGGGAGGGCAGCAGCAGCCCCAUCCAUCUCAGGGAGCUCAACAGUAUCCACCAGGAGCCUUCCCUCCCCAAAACUAUACCUCCCAAGCCUCCCAGCCUGCCAACUACAGCAUGCCACCGAGCUCCCAGCCUGGCUCGGGGUAUCAACCCCGCCCAGGGUUCACACCACCUCCAGGUAACCCUGGCACUCCUCCUCCUGGAGCUGCUAAUCCCUAUGCUCGCAACCGUCCCCCUUAUGGGCAGGGCUAUACUCAACCAGGUCCUGGAUACCGGUAAAGAAUAGCAGAAGAUCCUGAUCCUAACACCCCCACCCAACCCCCCUAUCCCCUUUAUGUGGCUCCAACUCUCUAAAGUGGGUAAAGAAAAUCUGUCUUCUGAAGUGAAGCCCACCUGUACAAAUAUCAAAUCCAAAUAUAAAACAAGCAACCCUUCUGUCCGUAGUGUCUCCAACACUGACCCUCUCUGACCCUGCUGUAUCUUUGU